AUGGAACCCAGCAGCAGUAGCAGCAAAAUCAACAGCGAAAAUGAAAAUACGAACAACGAGUGGAAAGCCGAAGAAGUAAUCGGUGGAAAUAAAGCGGCACUUGAAGCUUUAAGAGAACUCAUUACUUUUCCCAUUCUCUACUCGCGUCAAGCUCAGAAACUCGGUCUAAAAUGGCCAACAGGUUUGCUAUUUUACGGUCCUCCUGGAACUGGGAAGACAAGUGUGGUACGAGCAGUUGUGCGCGAAUGUGGUGCACAUUUGAUUGUCAUUAGUCCACAUUCUGUUCAUAGAGCGCAUGCUGGAGAAAGCGAGAGAGUUCUACGUGAGGCUUUUUCAGAGGCAUCAUCUCAUGCUGUGUCAGGCAAGCCAUCGGUUAUUUUUAUUGAUGAAAUUGAUGCCCUGUGUCCUCGUCGCAAUUCAAGACGGGAGCAAGAUGUUCGUAUAGCCUCUCAACUAUUUGCAUUGAUGGAUGCCAAUAAGCCCUUGUCUACAUCUUCAGCACAAGUUGUCGUGGUUGCAUCAACUAAUAGAGUGGAUGCAAUUGACCCUGCAUUGAGAAGAUCUGGUCGUUUUGAUGCUGAAAUAGAAGUUACUACACCUACAGAAGAGGAGCGAUUGCAAAUUCUCAAGCUUUAUACAAGGAAGCUUCAUUUGGAUGCUAAUGUUGCCUUGCAAGCUAUCGCUGCAUCUUGUAACGGAUAUGUUGGGGCUGAUCUGGAAGCUUUAUGUCGUGAAGCUACCAUGUCUGCUCUUAAUUCUUCAGAUACAAAUGAAGACGCUGGUCUGCAAUUAACGAUGGAUGACUGGAAGCAUGCUAAAUCUGUGGUUGGCCCUAGCAUAACUAGAGGUGUGACUGUGGAAGUUCCCAAAGUGUCUUGGGAAGAUAUUGGUGGACUGAAGGAUUUAAAAAAAAAACUCCAACAAGCUGUUGAAUGGCCUAUCAAACAUUCUGCUGCAUUUGCAAGGAUGGGAAUAUCACCUAUUCGUGGAGUUCUUCUGCAUGGACCUCCAGGAUGCUCAAAAACCACUCUUGCUAAAGCUGCAGCUAAUGCUGCUCAAGCUUCCUUUUUUCCUUGA